AUGUGUGUGUGGUGGGAUUGGAAUGGAAUCGUUCACUAUGAGCUGUUACCGCCCGGUCAAACAAUUAAUUCCGAACUCUACUGUGAACAACUGGAGAGUUUACAACAAGCAAUUGAGAGGAAGCAGCAAAAAUUGAUCAAUAGGAAGGGUGUCGUCUUCCAUCAUGACAACGCUCGACACACAUCUUUGAUGACUCGACAAAAAUUCGGCGAGAGCUUGAAAGUUUUGAUGCAUCCACCAUAUAGUCCUGACAUAGCAACUUCAGACUAUCAUUUGUUUAGGUCUCUGCAGAACUCACUUAAUCGUGUAAAGCUGGUUUCAAAAGAGGCCUGUGAAAAUCACUUGAAGCAAUAUUUCGACCACAAACCACAAAAGUUCUAUCGCGAUGGGAUUAUGGCUCUGUCCCAAAAAUGGCAAAAUAUUAUCGAAAAUAAUGAAGUAUAUUUGGUUUGA